GGACAAGCCCUCCGCUCUCGAAAAGCAGCAAACUCGAGGGUCUUUCAGCAACUUUCGUAACGUCGUGUCAGUUUAAAAAAUCUUCUUUCACCCAUUUUUCCCAACAAUUCAAGCACAGUGAAUAUAAUUUCAGAAAAAGGAGGCCAAGAAAGUACUUUUACUGCUCACGCAUCCUCCACUUUUUGCAAUGAUGCGAAGUUUCCAGGAAGCGCGUUGUUAAUGGAACACAAUUUAUUUAUUCAAUUUUCUCUAGUAAUUGCAUAGAUUUGAGAUUCGUACGAGUACUGGUGUUUAUUGAUCGUCUUCAUACUCGCCAAGACGUACCACUCAGCGCUAGACCGGUGAGUUUCCACACACAAUAUUGCUUGGUAGUACAGCGGACACUCAAAGUCAACUAACCAUGUCUGUACAAAGUGUUGCUCUGGCAUCUCUCACGGCCACGUAUACCGACUCGGAGGGCGAGGACGGUGUGGAAGAUGACCAUCAGGAGACCUCAAAUACUCCCCGGGGGGCUGCCCCGUACAAUAACCAAGUGGGUCAGCCCCAGGUUGUCUUCAACAGUAGUCCCAUAUCUGGUCGAUCGACUUCACACAGUCCUAUCGUCAGUUCCAACUUCACUGGGACGAGACAUAUCAUCUCGUCGUAUAACGCACCCAUCUUAGUAACGGAAGUGACCUCGAGGGUGCAGAGAUUGGUUUCUUAUAUCGAUGACACCAUUAUCUCCGAUGACGAAGGAACUGCUUCUCAUUUGAUGGAGGGUAUGCCAGUCGAAAACGGCCGGCUAUCCUCCGCCACUAUUGAACAGUCACCCUCUCGUCAGGGGGAAUUAGUUUCAGAUGGAGAAGCUGACAGCUACGGGGUGAUAAUCCCGCCCGAGCCGUCCGGCGUCUGUCCGUCCGAGCUGCAGGAAAAGAUCACAACUCUCUUCAGGAAAAUGGAGUCUGGAGGACUGGACAUGAACAAGGUCAUUCAGCAGAGGAAGGACUUUAGGAAUCCAUCCAUCUACGAGAAGCUCAUCCAGUACUGCAAGAUCGACGAACUCGGCUCGAAUUAUCCGCCGGAGCGAUUCGAUCCUCUCAAGUGGGGCAAGGACUCCUACUACGAGGAACUCGCCAAGGUACAGAAAGUCGAGAUGGAGAAAUUGGAGGCGAAAAGGAAGGAGAAGACGAAAAUUGAAAUUGUCUCGGGUCUUGCGAAGCGACCCAGUUCCUCGUCCACGACGGCGGACGAGGACGCGAAGAAGAGAAAAAGCAAGUGGGACCAGGUCGCGACCGGCGCACCGUCGACGGUUAACAAACCCUCGCUUCUCAUUCCUCAACCUACUUUCACAACACUUACCACCUCCGCAACUGGCACCAAAGCCACUGUCAUUUCAGCUUUUGGGUCUCUACCAAAGAAAAGACUGUAAUCUACCUUUUGUAAAUUUUUCUCUGUACAUAUUCAUCGGGGCCCAGUGCCCAUUUAAUCAUCGUCUUAUCUCGCUUCUCCAGACCAUUGCUCUUACUAUUACUGCUGCUGCCGUAUAAAAUACGAGAUUUAACUUUUUUUUUUUCUUUUUUUUCUUGGAACUUGUCAUUUAGGAGUGUUAUAUUCAAAAUGUACGGUUUUUCUCUAUAAUAUUUGUAAAUUAUUAAUUGAAAAAUUAAGAGAAAAAAAAUGUUAUUUCUGCGUGAGGGAAGUUUGGUAGUUAAGGAGGGUCGAGCCAGCCGAUAAAAUACGAUCAAAUGGGCAACGCUCAUUCUCUCCGCAUUCUUGCAUUUCUAGGGGGCCGCGUCUUGUCUAAAAACUAACCAAGUGAUGCAAUAUCGAAAGUUCUUUAUGCAAAAUACGUAAUAGAGGGAAAAUAAAGUUUUUCGAUAUGGCAUCACUCUGCUGUUUUGAAAUUUGAACUCCUCUUUCGUCCUCUCUUAGGGGAAUAUUUAAUGAAAAUAAAACAGGUUUUGCCGACUGGAACUUUCAGACAGUGGAUUAUAGCAUAAUACAUUUCUAGAAUCUAAAAUAAAGUUCUAGAAUCAAAAAUAAAGUUCGAGAAUCUGGAAUAAAGUUGUAGAAUCUCAAAUAUAGUUCUAGAAUAGAGUUCUGGAAUGUCGAAUAAUAAUCUAAAAUACAAUUCUAGAAUAAAGUUAUUGAAUCUUGAAUAAAGUUCCAGAAUCGAAAAUACAAUUCUAUAAUAAAUUUCUAGAAUCUAGAAUGAAGUUCUAUAAUCUAAAGUACAAUUCUAGAAUAAAGUUUUAGAAUCUUGAAUGUUCUAGAAUCUAAAUUACAGUUUUAUAAUAAUGUUCUAGAAUCUGGAAUAAAGUUUUAUAAUCUAGAAUAAAGUUCUAGAAUCUAAAAUACAAUUCUAGAAUAAAGAUUUAGAAUAUAGAAUAAAGAUCUAAGAUCGAGAAUAAAGUUCUAGAAUCUAGAUUAGAGUUAUAAAAUCUGGAAUAGUUUUAGAAUCUAUAAUUAAGUUUUAAAAUCUAAAAUAAAGUUCUAUAAUCUGGAAUAAAGGUCUAGAAUCUCGAAUAAAGUUUUAUAAUCCAGAAUAAAAUUCUAGAAUCUAAAAUACAAUUCCAGAAUAAAGUUCUAGAAUAUAGAAUGAAGUUCUAGAGUCUAAAAUACAAUUCUAGAAUCUAAAAUACAAUUCUAGAAGAAAGUUAUAGAAUCUAGAAUAAAGUCCUAGAAUCUAAAAUUCAAUUCUGGAAUUGAAUUCUAGGAUCGAAAAUAAAGUGCUACAAUCUGUAAUAAAGUUCUAGAAUCUAAAAUAAGUUCUAAAAUCUCGAAUAAAGUUUUAUAAUCUAGAAUAAUGUUCUAGAAUCUAGAGAAAAGUCUUAGAAUAUAUAAUAAAGUUCUAGAAUGUGUAAUAGAGUUCCAGAAUCGUGAAUAAAUUUCUAUAAUCUAGAAUAAAGUUCUAUAAUAGAGUUCUAGAAUCUUGAAUAAAGUUUUAUAAUCUAGAAUAAAGUUCUAUAAUCCAAUGAAAAUUCUAGCAUUUAGAAUAAAAUUCUAGAAACACCGUUAAAUUAAUGUUGCGACUUAUUGAUCGGCGUUGAGAAUCGAAUUCUGAAUUAUGUUUUGAGGAUUCUAACGAUAAAGGGAAUAUUAACGUAAUAUUUUAAUUAAAAGUUUAGAUGAACUUCAAUUUCUUUCAAAUUAUUAAAAAUUUCUACGAAAUUCUUGGAAAUUAAAAAAAGGCGUUCUUUCUCAUUUUUUAAUAUAGCAUACGGAAUUUUUAAAUAAUUUCCCAAAAUUCUUAUUAUCCCUGUUUCUUAGUUAAUUUGAAAUGUUCUAGAGGAAUUAAAAUUUGUAUUUCUUAAAUUAUUUUUAUCCUCCGAAUUGAAAAAAAAAAAUAAUAAGUUAUUAUUUGUAGGGUCGGCAAAAUUUGUGGAACUCUAUUUACAAAUGACAAAAGUUUAGAAAAAAUUUGAAAAUUAGAAAACGGAAAGUUUUCUCUGAUGAAGAGAUUAGUAAGAAAGAUCGACUUGGUAUGAAAACGCUAAAAUUCAACUUUUACCUCAUCUGAAAGCCUUUGUUUUUUUAGAAUAUUUAUUUACCGAAGAUCUCAAGCUACAGGAGAUAAAUCAAAUGCGGCAUGUUCAAUCGAAUUUCGAUGUUAAACACGUUCUCUGUAAAAUGAUUGUGUAACAUUUCUAGUUUCAAAAAAAAAAACUUCUAGAAUUUUUUUUUCUCUUUUUUUUUUGGUAAAAAAUAUAGACAAUUUAAAAAUGCAAAAGUUCUGAAUAUGAAAUCUAGAGAUUUCUAUGAAUAGCCUGAAUUUUUAAUGAAGGAAUUUUAAUUUUUUGGAAUAAAUCGCUAUUUCAAGUUAAUAUUUUUUUCCUUGGUUUACCGAAAAAUUUAUUGUAAAAAUUCUGCGUGUUUGUUGCAGGGACCUGGCCUUACACUAAAUUCUAAUUUGAUAUUAGAAAAUGUUUCUGCGAGCCGCCUCUAGAUUUUAAUUGGACGGAGAUUCAAUUUAGUUAAUCAAAUUACCAAACUUACAAUUUAGCGAAAGGCUAUUUUUAUAUUAUAAUUAUAAUUUUAACUGUGAAAAUGAAGGAUGUGUAAUAAUAUAAAAAAAACGAGUUUGUUUUUUGAAGCAAUCUGGACAGAGGGAUUUCUGUACAUAUUAUAUAUAAACCAAAAAA